AUGGCAACCCCACCCAACUCACGUAUCAUCCAGACGGCACAGAAUGAUCUGGAUAGGAUCAUAGUAGAAGACAUAACUCAUGAAGAAGGAAACGAGAACCAGGUGGAAAACCCGAAAAGAAUGGAGCACAUUACUCCAGAUUUUGUGGCCAUGCACAGAGAAAAGUUGACAAAAUGUCUCGAAGAUUUAGAGAGAGAAGAAAAGCUGAACAGCCUUAGGGCUAGACUGUCCUUUGACACACCCUCUAACCAAGAAGGGCCAGACCUCCAAAAGAAAGGCAACAGUGGUGACCCACUGGAAACAUUCAUGACUGCCCUUAGGCAAAUGUCUUCAGAAGAAAGGGAAGACCUCAUCACAGGAAAGAAGUCAAAGGAAAAGGGAAAGGAAAAGGAUAACCAAAACGAUGAUAGCCUGGAUCAACCCUAUAUGCCACGGGACUUAGCUGAGGUCUCAAAGUUCACACGGAGGAUUGCAGAAGCACCGAUGCCACCCAAGACAAAGCUACCCCCAAACUUUGACCGCUAUGACGGGACAAGAGACCCUGAAGAUCACCUCCAUGCCUUCAGGGGAGCGGGGCAGCUUGGGCGAUGGCCCAUGCCUGUAUGGUGCCACAUGUUUGUACAAACUCUAACGGAGGGAGCCAGGCUCUGGUUUGACAGCCUCCCUCUAGGGGGAAUCGACAGUUAUGAAGAGCUAAGCGAGAAGUUCCUCAGGAACUUUGGUCAGCAGAGAAAAGUGGUCAAGAAUCCAAACGAGAUUCUACACAUAAGGAAGAGGGACAAUGAGCGAAUAGACCAAUAUAUGGAGAGGUUUGUCAAAGAGAGCAUGAACAUCAAAGAUGUCCCGGAGGUCAUGAAGAUCAGCAAUUUCAUAAACGGGCUAAAGCAUGCACAGUUGUGUGAGAAACUGGGGGAGGAAUUCCCUCACUCGUUUGAUAACCUCAUGGACAGGGUCAGAGCCUUUGUCAGAGGAAAAGACACAGUCAGCAAAGCCAAGGAGAUGGACAUCACACCUCGAAGAGUUACCCCAGCUGCAAAGCCUCCCGACAAAGGUACACCCUACUCCAGAAAACCCACUUUUGAUAGAAUGUUGCAUGACAGAACAAGGCCUUCAUACUCCCCAUAUAGACCCCGGGGGAGAGGUCCCCCUCUUUACUCUGAUAAUUUCACCCCUCUCACCAAAGCCCCUAGCGAGAUACUGGCCACUGAGAGGGUAAAGAACUCCUUCCCAAGGCCACCACCCAUAAAACCCGGGCCAAAGGCACAACCAAGCGAGUAUUGUGACUUCCACAAAGGCUUUGGGCAUAAAAUUGAUGACUGCAUGUACCUAAAGAGAGAGAUAGAGGCUGCAGUGAAAACAGGAAGGCUGGCCCACUUGGUCAAGGAAAUCAAGGAGGGAGGAGGGGAUCGCAGGGGAAGAGAUGCAAGGGAGCCUGGGAGGGCAGAUGUGGAUAUGAUUAGAAGGAGGAAUGAAUUCGAUACCACCCGGAGUGUAAAGGCCAGGAUCCUGGGCUCCCCGAACUACAUGAAAGCUCCCAUCCUCAUGCCACACUUGGAGGAAAAUGAAGUACAACGACUCCCCCUUAACAUCUUGGCCAUAAUAGCUGGCCACAAGGUAUCCCGAAUACAUGUGGACGGAGGGUCUGGCGUCGAGGUAAUAUAUGAGCAUUGUUUCCUCAGAUUUGACAGAGAUGUAAGGGAUCAGCUUGAAGAAGACUCCAUCCCAUUAGUGGGAUUCAACAACAGUGUAUCUCAUCCCCUGGAAAAAAUCAGGCUCCCAUUCACAGUUGGGGUGGGGGAUCGGGUUCGAACAAUAAACCCGACCUUCACAGUGGUCCGGGCACCCUCAAAGUACAACGCAAUCUUAGGAAGACCUGGAAUCGGGGACUUACAGGCGCAGACCUCCACCCCUCAUGGAGCUUUAGUGUUCCAAACGCCGAAGGGCCUAGCCUGGGUAAAGUCUGCGUACGAAGUGAUUUCUUCAGUAUCCGAAGGGGAAGCAUCCGAGAAGCCCCGGAAAGAGGGAGUCGAAGAGUGGGUCCUUUGUGACAGGUUCCCAGAGCAAACAGUCUAG